GUCAUAUCUGAGUCAAGGGAGAUCUACAAAAAAUGGUCAAGCCUUGCCCAGGUGUCUUGUAACAUGUCUGUACUCAAAGAGAUCGGCAUCGAUGAGAUGCCCGAGUCAUGUGGAUGCCACAAUUCAAAGUUUUCAGUUAUUAAAGAAACAACCCUCAAGGACACUGCCAGUCUUAAAUGAAGGAGUGUGCUUCUUAAAAUCUGUUGAUGAGGAUAUGAUGGACUCUUUGGAAAUUAUCAGCCCUGACCAGUGUAAUGAUACAAAACUGGAUCUCAUGGACCAAGAUGAAGUCAACAACAUUGAGAAGUACUUCUACCGAGGUGGGAAGAUAAACUGGAUCAACUUCUGGCUUGCUGACAAACAAAAGUGUGGGGAAAUUAUACAGAGAGAUGCCUACAAAGAUGCAAACAAAAUUCUAGACAAUAUAACACACAGAAGCAAUGUCAUACGCUCCAUAGAGAGUGUGAACAUAUAUCAUCAUCCUGGCAGUUGUGGAAGCACAGUAGCACGGCAGCUCCUCUGGAGCUGGAGAACAAAAGUACGAUGUGCCGUUGUUAAACCAUCUAAGGAGAUCACGACUGUGUGUGAGCAUGCAGUACGACUGAGGGAAUAUGAACAGAGAGACAAAAACAAUUGUGUGCCAGUGCUCUUGCUGUUGGAGGACUUCAAUGCAGACUAUAUAGAUGAUCUCAGGCGGGAGUUUUACAAUGUCAUUGCAACCAAAAAAAUAAGUCCCUCUGCGUUAUGCUUUAUCCUGCUCAUCUGCAAAAGGUCACACAAUCCAGAAAGGAUGUGCAGAGCAUCACCAUCUCAAACAGUGGCAGUCACACAUAAACUGUCAAAUGCAGAAAAAGCUUUGUUUACAAAGAAGCUUGAGCAACUGCAGUUUGAACCAGACUUCAUCCUCACAUUUGUGCUGAUGAGUAAAGAGUUUAAGCGAAGUUACAUUGAAGACUUUGUCAAAAACCUUUUGGAUACAGUUGAUCAUUCAUCACUUACCACUCGCCUCAUGAGAUUUGUGGCUCUCUUGAAUUGGUAUGUUCAUGACUCAUACAUGUCUGUGUCACACUGUGAGGCAUCCCUUGGUAUAACAACACAUGUGGAUAGAACUCAGUACCAUACCUUUGUGGAGCAUCUCAGCGAUGAGGCUAGACUUGUUUUCAUCCACCAGAGGGAAAGUUCAACAAAUAUGCCGUCAAUACGGAUAAUUCAUCCAAAGGUGGCGGAGGAAAUUCUGAAUCAGCUGCCUACAAAUAUGCCACAAAGCGCUAUCACCUUGGACCUAAUUAAUGACAAACAACUAAUCAAUCACAGGUUUGGCAGAGAUGAGUUUUUGAUGUUCAUCAGAGCUCUUUUCAUCAGACGCAACAAAAGAAGCAAAGGAGAUCCAAAAGACACAGCAUUCUCCCCUCUCAUUGAACAUGUCAUCACUGAAAGAGAUGGCGUUCAGAAAGCUGUGGAUCUCAUGAAAGCAGCUUAUUUGGCAUUGAGGAAAGAUGCAUUUGUGGCACAACAGCUUGCCCGUCUGCUUUACACAAAUUUAAGGUUUGAAGAGGCCUUGCAAUGGGCAGAAGAAGCUAAAUCUCUUCUUCCAUAUGAUACAUUUGUUCUGGACACACUGGGACAAGUUUACAAGUGGUGGUUUUACCAUUUGUGUGACAACCUUGAGGAAAAAGAACCAGCACCUGAAAGGGUGGUUGAAAUCAUUGACACUGCUGUCAAAGGAAUCUCUGCCUUCCGAGCUUCAGAAAACACACCAAAGAAAGAAACAGUCUCAACUGUUCGUACUAUGGGGAAGUAGAUGUUGGAUGUAGGUUGUU